CAAGUGUUGUGUCCCGCGGUGUGGUGGUCAGUGUGUGAGAGGACGUGUGAGGGGGAGGUCGAUGGAGGUGAUGGUGACAUUGUAGUGGUUUAUUCGUAAAAUGGCUAACCCGGCGCCCCAAAGAAGGACUGGAGCGAUGAAAAUACGUCUCACAAUCAUGUGCGCCAAGAACCUGGCCAAGAAGGACUUCUUCAGCGUGCUUGCAGGUUUGCCGGACCCGUUCGCCAAGAUCAGCGUGGAGGGCUCCGGGCAGUGCCACACCACAGACAUCUGCCGCAACACCCUCGACCCAAAAUGGAACCAGUACUAUGAUCUAUAUGUUGGUAAACGCGAUGGCAUCACGAUCAGUGUGUGGAACAGACGGAAGAUCCACAAGAAGUCUGGCAGUGGGUUCCUGGGAUGUGUUCGCUUGAUGGCCUCCGCGAUACACAGGCUCAAGGACACCGGAUACCAACGCCUUGAACUCACCCGUGUUGGGCACGAUGACUGUGAGCCAGUGAGGGGUCAGAUAGUGGUGUCCCUCAUGUCCCGGGAUGGCCGAGGAACAGGCUCCCACAAUGCAGUAGUGGACACCCUGGGCAAUCUUUCAUCACCAAAUGAUCUGCCAGAGGGUUGGGAAGAACGAAGAACCACUGCAGGUCGCCUAUACUAUGUCAACCAUCACGACCGCACCACCACCUGGGAGCGACCCACACUGCCAGCACAUGCAUUAGUGGAGUGCAGGCGGCCUGACAAGACGUACACGUGUCCAUGUGCCAUCUAUGUCUUCCUCUCGUCUGUCUUCUCCUGUGUUGCUCCCAGUGCCUCCAACUCCCACUCCUGCUCAGAUUGUCCCUCCUCCUCCUCGUCCUCUUCCUCCUCAUCUUCCUCCACCUCCUCCUCUGCCUCUCACACAUGUGCCAGAGGUUGUGCUCACGCAUGCCCUUCAUCUUCUGCCUCUUCUGGCUGCACCAGAUGUUCUAGUCACACCCAGCCUUCCACCUCCUCAGCUCCCUCUAAUUCUGUUCGAUAUCAUAAAUCUUGCUCUCACCAUAACUCUCACUCGCGCACUUCAUCAUGUGCACAAACCCCUUGCAAAAGUGUGUGUAGUGGGGUUUGUCCUCCCUACACAACCUCUGGUUCCCCAUGCACUGGGCCCUCCCCUUCCUCCAAGUCUGACCCAACCAAGCCCUCACGACACAGUGCCAUGUGUUACAGGCCAGGCAACACUAGUGUUUUGGGCUCUCCAAGCAGACAUUCCACUUGCUCCAACACUGUCCCUACUAGUACAACUUCCAGCACUUCAGUUGGAGGAAAUAUUGUACUUAGCAACCCCAAUACAAGUUCAGAUGUACCACAAGAAGGAACUCCAGUCAGACGAGAACCUCGAGACAGAGAGCAUCGAAGAAGCCGGGCAGAAAGUGUGGAGCGUGUCAGCCAGCGAGAUGCUGGGGAGGGAAGGCAGAAUCCAAGCUCUGUUCGUAGACGUUCUGCACGCCACCGUCAUUAUCUUUCUCGCAACCAGCUCCAUCAGCCUCCAGACCUUCCUGAAGGAUUUGAAAUGCGCACCACACAACAAGGACAAGUGUACUAUUACAAUGUGCACACUGGGACCUCCACUUGGCAUGACCCCAGGGUGCCAAGGGAUCUUGGAAAUGUCAAUAUAGAUGACCUAGGACCUCUGCCCAGUGGCUGGGAGUUGAGGCACACCCCUAGUGGGCGGCCAUAUUACUUGGACCACAUAAAUCGCACUACUCAGUUCACCGACCCAAGGCUCUCUGACAGUCUUAUUCUCAGUAAUAUUCUCAGGUCUAGAAAUGAAGGAAGCAACAGGACAAGUGUCAUAGAAACUGGAGGCAGCAGUGACCCAAUAAUCAUUAAUACCAAUGAGAGUCCUGUGCCAACAAACAGUAUUUCAAAUGGUAGAAGUAACAGAACCUCCACUAACAGCAGACAAAGCAGUUCUUCCCGUAGUAGAGGUCCAUCUCCUGAGGCAAAUACCUCAGGAGCAACUAUAUCAGAUAAUGUGCCUAAUAAUGAAGAUACCAAUAACUCAGUUGUUAAUAGUAAUCCUGUUAGUCCCACUUCUGUGCCUACUAGCGUUAAUAAUAGCCUCAAUGUAAGCAGUGAAAGAAGUGGUGUAACUACCACUAGUGUGAGCAGCAGCAAUACUGUGGUGCUCCAGAACAACAGCACCAACUUGCAGAUGAGCACUAGCAAUAAUACUCCUGGACCCAAGGAACCAGCUGUGAUAGAAAUGGAUAGUGAUUGUCUGCCCAAGUAUAAACGUGAUUUAGUAGCUAAGAUGAAGGUGCUGAGAGCAGAACUUCAGUGCCUCCAGCCCCAAAGUGGUCAUUGCCGUCUUGACAUUCCACGUGGAGAAGUGUUUGAAGAAUCUUACAGACAAAUCAUGAAAAUGAGACCAAAGGACCUUCGUAAGAGGCUAAUGGUUAAGUUUAAGGGUGAAGAAGGACUAGACUAUGGUGGUGUUGCACGCGAGUGGCUGUACCUUUUGUCCCACGAGAUGCUCAACCCCUACUAUGGAUUGUUCCAGUAUUCAAGGGAUGAUAUCUACACACUACAAAUCAAUCCAGACUCUAGUAUUAAUCCAGAACAUUUGUCCUACUUUCAUUUUGUUGGCCGAGUCAUUGGGAUGGCAAUCUUCCAUGGACAUUACAUCGAUGGAGGUUUCUCAAUGCCAUUUUACAAGAUGUUGCUGAAUAAGUUAAUAGUAUUGGAUGACAUUGAGGCAGUUGAUCCUCAAUUGCACUACUCCCUCAACUGGAUGUUAGAAAAUGAUAUUACUGGUAUCAUUGAUCAUACAUUUGCUGUUGAACAUGAGAGCUUUGGAGUUCUUCAAAUGAAAGAGCUGAAGUCUGGUGGUAGCAAUGUUGUUGUUACUGAAGAGAAUAAGAAGGAAUAUGUCAAACUUUAUGUCAACCAUAGAUUUAUGCAGGGUAUAGAGCAGCAAUUUGCAGCUCUCCAGAAAGGCUUCACAGAAGUGGUGCCUCAACACUUACUGAAGCCUUUUGAUGAAAGAGAAUUGGAACUUAUAAUUGGGGGCUUAGGAAAAAUAGAUAUUGAUGACUGGAAAUCCAAUACAAGACUUAAGCACUGCACUCCAGAGACACCAAUUGUUGGGUGGUUCUGGCAGAUAGUUGACUCAUACACAGAAGAAAUGAGAGCAAGGUUGCUGCAGUUUGUGACAGGUUCUUCACGUGUUCCUCUUCAAGGCUUCAAGGCACUGCAAGGAUCCACAGGUGCUGCUGGACCGAGGCUCUUCACAAUUCAUCAGAUUGAUGCUCCUACAGAAAAUCUACCCAAAGCUCACACUUGCUUCAAUCGCAUCGACCUUCCCCCAUACGAGUCAUAUGGCAAGAUGCUGGAGAAGCUGACUCAGGCUGUGGAAGAAACAUGCGGGUUUGCUGUUGAAUGAAUUGUGGUUGCCGUAUUUUUGGGCAUAGAUAUUGUUAUGUUUUCAUACAGAUUCUGUAUGUAAUAGUUGUAGACAUAUCUGUCAAAAAUGUCCAUUGUUGGAACAUGGAAAAAUUAUUAUUUGAUGCAUUACAUGAGUUCUAUGAACUGUGGAAUGUCCAAGUUGUUGUUUCAAGUGCUUUCUAUUCAUAUUUCUAUGAAUUAGACUGAAAUUUUACUAACACAGCACUCUCCUUAUCUUUUUUUAUUAUAUACACAGAAAGCAAAAAGUUAAUGACAAUAUGUUGAUUAACAUCAGCAUAUCAUGGGUGUCUUCCCUUAGUGAUGAUAAGGAGAUUCCAACUAUGCUUCAUAUGAUUUAUAAACUGGGGUACACUCAGUAUUUUAGUCAUUUCUGAAUAAACUGUGAUAGCAAUACAGUUCUAACUUCCAAGGCAGUGGCACACAUGUACAGACGCAUUUUUGAUACUUAUAAUGCAAGUGAAUUGUGAGCUUGAUCCAGGGAUUUAAUUUAUUAUAAGAAUCAAUCCUUAGAAAGUCAUUGCUCACUUCAGCUGUAAACAUUUAUAGGCUUUGGUAAUGCUGUGGCCAAGAAAGGUCUAUUUUUAUUGAGAAUUUUAUGUACAUUUCUCACAUAUCAAAAUGUAUAUUGAGAAUAGGAAAUAGGUCUUACUGCCAAAACCAAGAGAAAUACAACUUCCCUUAGAGUAAUUGUAUAGCAAACUACUCAGUUUUGUGAAUAAAAUAUUCCUCAUAAAUAUAUACACACACAUAUUGUUUUCAGAUAAGUGCAAACACUGGCAAAAUACUUCAGUGAAGCGCGCGUGCGUGCGCGCGCGCACACACACACACACACACACACACACACACACACACACACACACACACACACACACACACACACACACACACACACACACACACACACACACACACACACACACACACACACACACA